AUGGAGGACGGCCAAGAAAGAUUGCUGGCAGCAAACAGCGGCCAGCGCUCGCAGCUUCCAACCGAUGCACUUAUUUUGCAAAUUCUCGAGCAACUGAAACAGCAACAACUCGUGACAAAUCAACUCCUCCACCAGCAGUACGAGUCCCAAGAACAGCAACGAGCUUUCAUCCGGCAGCAGGGAGAUGCACUCCGGAAUAUUCAAGUACCGACUAAUCCAGAAACCAUCCUGGAUUUAUUAGCGGCCAACGUGAAGGAAUUUCGGUAUGAUGUGGAGAGUAACAUAACCUUUGCUGCUUGGUUCACCCGUUACGAGGAUCUAUUCGCAAGCGACGCUGCCCGCCUUGAUGAUCCAGCAAAAGUGAGACUGUUAAUCCGUAAACUCGGUCUUGCUGAACACGAACGCUAUUUGAGCUUCAUCCUACCGAAAACCCCGAAGGACUUCACCUUCGAUGAAACAGUUACCAAACUAACAGGUUUGUUCGGUACAAGUGAAUCAUUAAUCAGCAGACGGUAUCGUUGCCUGCAGGUUACCAAAGGGCCGACUGAAGACUUCGUGACGUACUCCUGCCGUGUAAAUAAAAGCUGCGUUGAGUUCGAGUUGGGAAAAUUAUCGGAGGAAGAAUUUAAGUCGCUUAUCUACGUUUGCGGUCUGAAAUCCGAGGCUGAUGCUGAAAUAAGGACCCGACUACUGACGAAGAUGGAGGAUAGAACGAGUGUCACCCUAGAGCACCUAUCCUCCGAAUGCAAGCGGCUGAUGAACCUCCGACACGAUACCGCUAUGAUAGAAAAUACGGCGAAUGCGGUCAACGUCAUCAAAAAGCAGAAACCUUUUCGAAAGCGGCAACAAUAUUGCGGGAAAAGAACGCCGAAAUCAGAGGUCAACCGAAAUGCUUCGCAUAGCAGAGACAAGCGCGAACCAGCGAGUCCCUGCUGGAAUUGUGGCAUGAUGCAUUAUGCUCGUGACUGCAGUUUCAAGAAACAUCGAUGUUCGGAAUGCAACAGGUUCGGGCAUAAAGAAGGUUACUGUUCCACUUCGCAGAAGUCCCGCCGCAGGCAAUUCAGACGCAAAUCAAACAGCAUUACAGUGUCUACCCAAAUUGUCUCCGCCUCUGUAAAUACAGUGCAGCAUCGAAGAAAGUUUUUGUCAGUUCAGUUAAAUGGCGUCCCAGUCCGUCUACAAUUUGAUACAGCCAGUGAUAUUUCCGUCGUUUCUGCAGAAACAUGGUGUCGACUUGGCAAGCCAGCUACAAGACCACCGUCAGUGCAGGCCAGAGCAGCAUCCGGCGACCCCCUUUCGUUAAUUUCGGAGUUUGACUGUUCCAUCAACGUGAAUGGUAUUGUUCAGACUGGCACCGUCUUUGUAGUUGCGCAAAACUUGCAUAUCAUGGGACUGGAUCUAAUAGAAGCGUUUCAGCUCGACUCGGUCCCUAUGAAAGCGUUUUGUCAGCAAAUUGAUUCGAGUACGGUGGUUGAUAAGUUAAAAGCAGAUUUUCCGGAAGUUUUUAGUACCACUCUGGGGAAGUGCAGUAAGGCGACAGUAAAGCUGGAACUCAAGCCGGGGCAGAAAGCAGUUUUUCGACCGAAACGCCCGGUGGCUUAUGCAACCUACCGUGCUGUAGACGACGAAUUGGAUCGUCUCGAACGCAUGAAAAUCAUCACACCGGUGGACUACUCCGAAUGGGCCGCACCAAUUGUGGUCGUUCGGAAAGCGAAUGGGAACAUUCGGAUUUGCGGUGAUUAUUCCACGGGAUUGAAUGACGCACUUCAGCCGCAUCAAUACCCUCUACCGUUACCACAGGAUAUAUUCGUAAAGCUGGCAAAUUGUAAGUUAUUCAGUAUCAUCGACAUGUCAGAGUCUUACCUGCAGGUUGGUGUCGAUGACGCCACGAGUAUGCUACUCUCUAUCAACACCCACCGUGGCAUUUACAAAGUCAACCGUUUAGCACCUGGCGUAAAAGCAGCUCCCGGGGCAUUUCAACAACUGGUUGACACUAUGUUGGCAGGACUCAAGCACACCUGCGGCUACAUCGACGAUAUUGUCGUCGGUGGAGAAAAUGAGGAGGAACAUUGGCAUAACCUCAAAGCUCUUUUUCAACGGUUGAAGGAAUUCGGCUUCACCAUCCGUUUGGAAAAAUGUUCAUUCCAACGACAGCAGAUCAAGUAUUUGGGACAUUUGCUUGACCACCAUGGAAUUCGACCAGAUCCAGCCAAAAUAGAAGCAAUUAAGCUUAUGCCAGCGCCAACAACCGUAUCGGAAGUUAGAUCCUUUUUAGGGGCUAUUAAUUUUUAUGGCAAGUUUGUGCCAAAUAUGCGUGCAUUACGAUAUCCAUUGGACAUGCUGUUAAAGACCGAAGCCAAAUUCAACUGGACGGCAGAGUGCCAGGCUGCGUUUGUUGAGUUCAAACAAAUCUUGUCAUCAGAUCUUCUCCUAACUCACUAUAACCCAAAAUUGGAGAUUAUUGUUUCUGCAGAUGCCUCUUCUGUGGGCCUAGGCGCAACCAUCAGUCAUCGCUUUCCAGACGGGUCACUGAAGGUCAUUCAACAUGCUUCCAGAGCAUUGGCGCCAGCGGAACGCAACUAUAGUCAACCGGAUAGAGAAGGAUUGGCCAUUAUCUUCGCGGUUACUAAAUUCCACCGCAUGAUAUUUGGUCGCAAGUUCCGGCUUCAGACCGAUCAUGCACCUCUGCUGCGAAUCUUCGGUUCAAAAAAGGGAAUCCCUGUAUACACUGCCAAUCGUUUACAACGAUGGGCCCUCACGCUUUUAAUGUACGAUUUUGUAAUCGAGUAUGUGUCGACGGAUAAAUUCGGUCAUGCAGACAUUCUUUCUCGGCUAAUCAAUCACCAUGCCAGACCUGAGGAAGAUUACGUGAUAGCAGCUGUUACACUUGAAAACGAUAUCAACUCAGUGGCGUUUGAUUCGUUCACCAUCCUUCCUCUCAAUUUUAAGGAAGUACUGCAAAGUACUCGAACGGACCCGAUUCUUAGCAAAGUGUACAAGUUCGUUCAAGAAGGUUGGCCAAAAUUCUUGCCCAGCAGUGCUGAUCGUGAGUUGGCAAAAUUUUUCCACCAGCGUGAAUCAUUAACAACAGUGCAAGGAUGUAUACUUUAUGGUGAGCGGCUGGUAAUCCCGUUGCAACUACGGAAACGAUGUCUCACCCAGCUUCAUCAAGGUCAUCCCGGAAUCCAGCGGAUGAAGGCGGUUUCCCGAAGCUACGUGUAUUGGCCAGCUCUUGAUGUCGAAAUAGAGGGUUUCGUUAAAGCAUGCCCUCACUGCGCUUUGGUUGCUAAAUCACCGGCACAUGCGUCACCAGUACCAUGGCCAAAACCUAGUCGCCCAUGGCAAAGGGUACAUAUCGGCGGAUGGCGGCCGAUGGAAGAAGCACUGGAUACAUUUCUCCUAACGUACCGGAGUACUCCAAACCGUUCUACACCAGAUGGGCUCUCACCUUCGGAAGUUUUAUUCGGACGACGUAUUCGAACAUCCCUCGAAUUACUGCGGGUACCACCGAAGCAAACACCAGAGUUAAGCGAGCAGGGUGCAGCAGAUAGGCGAACCUUUCAGCGGAAUGAUUUCGUGUAUGCCAAGGUUUAUAAAAACAACGCUUGGAGUUGGGUACCUGGUACGAUUCUGGAAAAAGUAGGGAACGUAAUGUUUAAUGUUUGGAUCCAAGACCGACGUCUAAUACGGUCGCAUCUGAAUCAACUUCGAAGCCGAUUAUCAUCCAGUGCUGUACGAGACCAAGAAGCAAAGCAACCUUCGGCGAAUAAAUCGUUGCCGUUAGACAUUUUACUUGAUGCUUGGGGCCUGCGAGGUUCAUCAUCUAUUCCAUUUUCAUCCAGUGGUCAGGAAUCUUCGGCGUCGCCCGAGUAUGACGUCACCUUCCAGGAACUAUCAAUAUCGCCACCGAUGGUGUCCCAUAACACGUCGACCAGCGCAGAGCAGUCGUCUUCGUCCACCACAUCGUCAUCUUCUAGCUUCGAAUCUGCAAAUGCCAGUACACCGACGGUCCAGUUACCUCGGCGCUCUUCCCGUGUCAGAAGGGCUCCUCAAUGGCUCAACCUAUACGAACGCAAUUAA